CCCGCCUGCUGUCUCUUACCAAGAUAGCGAACCAUUGACGAGGCGCUGCUGACCGAGGAGGCGGGGAAACCGAGACGACCGGAGAAAGCGCCAACUUUCUUUUUUUUUUUCUCCCCUCGGCAGUUUUUCCAUGUCCGUUGCCUCUCAGCUUCCACGGUCGAGUGUCGAAAACGGCGAAAGCGUAGACGGAAGCGGACGAGGAGCAUCGCGACGAUCCAUCUUUGGAUCCCCAUUUACUUCUUCGCCUUCGUCAAGGCACAGCGCCUGGAAACAGUACAGGCGUGGCUCCACGUCUCGCUCGUCUCCGGAGGUGGCCUUUUCGCCCGACAUGAGCAGAGGGAUCGCUUCAACCGACUUGACGUCGUACGCAGCCGACAGCUUCAAUGGCAAGCUCAAGAAGAAGAGGGCGAGCAUCUUCAGGAGAAAGCUCCCACCCCCCUCGCCAUCGGUGGCGCCUCCAGUGCCCGAGCUGCCGCCGACUAUUUCGCUGUCCAUAGAUCGUCCAGACGAAGCGGUUGUCCUGAAGGAUGGCGAAGCUGAAAAGGCCGACGAGGAGCAGCAGCAAGUGAAGGCUACCAAAAUCGGCCGGCUGGGACGAAUCAAGAAGGACAAGGGAGCGGGAGCCGAGGGGACGACGACGCCAGCUGCUGCUCUGGCCUUGGCCGCCUCCAAGCCGGACCCGUCGCAGACGACGCCCGAGGUCAAGUUCAACCACCUGAAGAAUGCCCGGUUGACCCUUGAUCAGUGCCAGCAGCUCUGCGACCUGUGUGCAAAGGAGAUUCGCAUGCGUGGCCUGGCGACCGUCGGCAUAUUUCGUCCCUUUCGGACCACCGAGUCGCUGGCCAAGUUUGAGCGUUUGGUCGAGCUCUUCUUGCUCGCCGUCGAGCCAAAGACAUACGAAGGUGUCUUCCCGCUCUCGGAUCCCGGUCAGUCCUCUACGCUCCUGCCCGAGGGAGUUACAAAGACGGAUGCGCAUACAGAGCUGUCGAGGAAACUUUCCUAUGCCAACAUACAUGAUGUCGUCGCUCUGCUGAAGUGGGGACUUCGAAGACUGAGGCUCAAGGCAACGGAUUUCUAUGCAGUCUCGUCGGAGCCCCUGAAGUGGUACGACAGCUUUGUUCAAAAGGAGAAGGCAGCUUCAUACCCUAAGCAGGCAUACUCGGACCUGCUACUACCCAAGCUGCCUUCCGCGACUGGGAAGUUCCUCUCCAGCCUCCUUGACCUCAUGACGACCGUCUCUGCCCAUCACGUCGCCAACGCCAUGCCCGCCUCGAGGCUCUGCAAAACGCUCGGGUACUGGAUCGUUGGUCGCAUCGGUGUCGAUCAUCCCCCUCACAGCUUUGACGAAGUCGUCAAGGCCUGGAGCAGGGCUAGCGCCGUGACCGAGCACCUCUUCCUGGCUUUCACAAGAGACCAGACCAGCAGGAUCCACCUGAUGCCGACUCGCCUAACGGAGUUGAUUGCCGACUACCCUCACAUUGCGCCUGGUGCCGAGGCACCCUCGCUGGGUCCGGCCUUUACUUUCGCCGAAAAGCACGGACUGCGCGUCGAUGUGCGCUCCGAGAACAUCGUCGUCUCCCCCAAACGCAUCCGAGGGCCGAGCGAGAGUCUUCGAGCGGCCCUCAAGGCGCAGAACCCCGAGCUGGAGUCGAGCGAAGAGCUCGAUGAUUGGAGCGCCAUUCUCGGGGUUGCCUUUGGCGCCACGGCCACCGCCACGAACGCAGAGGCCGACGGCGAAGUCAUUCCGACGCUCGAUCCCCCACACAAGGAGACGGAAGACGAAAUCGAUGCGAGAAAGGAGUUUGCCCUGCUGCGUGAAGAGGAUGCGAGCGUCCUCCGGCUCGUCGCUGCCGAGCUGGCCCAUCGCAAGGCCUUCCUAGACGGCACCCUGGGCCAGGUCUCGGAUAGUGGCCUUUCCACGGCCAACAGUGCAACAUCCUUCCUUUCGGACCUUACCGGUGCCGAUGCAUUCAGCUCCAGCACCCAUGCUUCUAGCGAUAAUCUGACCGACUUUGGCUUCGGAGCCGCUCGGGGCGGCUACUCGUCGUCCUCUUCAACGCACUCUGCAAGCCUCUCAUCGCUUCCUGCUGGGCAAACUACGAGCCGACAUGGAAGCUUGAGGGCCAAGCAGCCCAACCUUGGACCGCUCCUGGAGGAUGCCGAGAAGUCGCUUGACUGGUCUAACUUUGCUAAGUCCGGCUUUGGCGAGUCGGAAUCUACAGAAGAGAAGGGACCGGACCUUCGCCUCGACGAGUCGCUGCGACCGAAGACGGAUCUGGAAAGAGCGUUUGACGAGGAGGACCAGAUGGCUACCAAGAGAAAGUCACUCAGUCGAACGCCUUCGUUCGGCACGCUGCGUCGCAACAGGAGCGGCGCAGGCCGUGGCUCUCGUGCCAAUGGUGCUGGCAAUUAUUUCCAUAACAUGCCUCCACCGCCACCUACGUUCUCUCUGACCAAGGUAGAUCAAUUCUCCAUCGACGAGGUCUUCGCCAGCGUCUGGCAAGACCAGCUCUUGGACCCCUCCUUGGCCGCCUCCUUUCCCAACAUCGUCCUUGCACAGCUCAACCAGACGACUGCCAGUCGGCUGCUCGCCCUCGGAUCUGGCGCACACACGACGAGCUGGCUCUGCAUCUGCGAGACCGUCAUUCCGCCUCGCCCGCCUCUGCCUCCGUCUUCAGCCUCCACUGGUCCCAUCUACGGCUCCUAUUCCUUCGGUCGUCGGCGAUCUUCGACCGACAUCGGAGGCAACGAUGAUGGUGCCUCGGAGCGCCGGUCCAUCUUUGCCCCAUCACUUCGCUCAAUUGGCACCUCAAUCUUUCGGAAGCGGCCCUCUCUUCGCAGGGUUUCGAGCCUCUGGUCCACCCGUGGUGGCUCAAGCGCUGCCCUGAAUGGAGGGGAAACCAUCGACAAAGAUUCGUUUGGCGACUUCAACGACACUGGCACGAAGAGGAAGGGCAACGCCGCGGCACUAUCGCGUGGAGCUGCUGCGGGCGGCCAGGCUCGCGAUGGUGGCGCCGGCAUCACGUCUUCCAAGACAGCCCAUGUCACGAGGCGGCUCACGCCUGCUGUUGCUUCGCCCACCAUUGAGAAGCAUCAGCAGCCCGUCGAGAUGCUUCUCCUGCCCGCUCACACAGAGGAAGGAGGCUCGUCAAAGGAUCCGAGGAAGCGUACAGGCUCGUCUGGCCCCUCGCCGUCCAACCAAUUGGAGAGCAGGACGGAUCAGAGCAGCACACACUCCAAGUUUGUCGAUGCGGAAGACGGAAUGGAGUAGCUCCUGUCUUUCCCUCAAAAAUCCCCCACCCCUCUCCCCCUGACCUAGACACAAACGCACACACACUCUCUCUCACUCUCUUGCUCGAUCGCUUGCGCGCUCUCUCUCGCUAUCUCUUGAUAUCCUGGUCUCUUGAAUAUCCCUGCUUCCUUAGCUCACCACACUCGUUUGACACCCUGGUCUCCUUUGCUCGAAGGGCGGAAUCUAUCAGUUGUUUGU